AAAACCGGGGGUAAAAUCAGGCUAGGCUAGGGCCUUGGGCAUUCUAAAACUGACGUCCAGCAACCAUGGAUCACGGCCCCUAUCCAUGGGCGAUUCAAGAUGCAUCUGCAGCACCUCCGCGCGCGCCGCCGCCGCCCGUGCCUGCAGCAGGCAUGCAGCCGCGCGCGGCGCCGCCCGUGCCUGCACCGUCGAAGCCGGCGGCGGCGCCGCCGCCUCCGGCGCCGGCGCUUGUGGUCGAUCCCGCGCCGCCGCCGCCGCCGCGCCGGAAGAAAGCCGCCGCCGCGAAGCCGAAGAAGCCGGCGGCGAGGAAGCUGGCGAAGAAGCCGGCGAAGAAGCUGGACCGCCGGACGAAAGAGGGCCGGCGCGCGGCCGCGGCCGCGGCCGCGGCCGAGGAGGGCGCCCCCCCGCCCGGCACGUCGGCGCGCGCCGCGCUCGAGACGGGAGCCGCCGACGGCGUCGCCGCCGACGGCGGCGACGACCAGCUCAAGCUGCCGCCGCUGUCGCGCGACAUCCGGCUCGUCGUCGCGCACGACUGGGAGCAGAUCGUCGGGAAGCCGAUCCACUGGGCGCCGCUGCCCCGGAAGCCGUGCGUCGCCGACCUGCUCCAGACCUACGCCGCGACGAAGCGCCAGGGCGGCGCCCACGGCCAGGCGUGGCGCGACUUCGCCGGCGCCCUGAUCAGCUACUUCGACGCCGCGCUGCCGCGCCUGCUCCUCUACCGCCAGGAGCGCCAGCAGUACGACCUCCGCGCGCGCGGCCGCGGCGCGCCGAGCCGCCUCUACGGCGCCGAGCUGUGUGGAAAUCAAAAUUUUACGGCGCGAUCGUGCUGAAUCAUCGCGUCGUCCUCCACGCCAUCGACGCGACGCCUGCUCGAUGGCGUGGCGAUGCCGGUUCCUCACCGCUCGACGGAGCCAGGACGGUCGCGUCAUCGCCGAGAAAUGACUUAGUGAAGAAUUGUCGGGUGCACCCGACUCACUGGUUUUACUUUCCACACAGGCGCCGAGCACCUCGUCCGCCUCAUCAUCAAGCUGCCGAAGCUCCUCGCGCAGACCAAUCUCACCAAGGGCGAGAUCCCCCGGCUGAAGCGGAAGAUCGAGGACCUGCUCAAGUACCUGCGCCAGAACCGGGCCAGGCUCUUCCUCCAGGCCUACCAGCUCCGCGAGAAGAUCCUUUCGCUCCCGCCGCCGGCGCCGCUCCCCCCGCCGGCGUCGCUCCCCCCGUCUUGUCCGGCCGCGCCGGCCGACGCCUCGCCGGCGCCCGAGGCCGCCGCGGCGGAGGCCGCCCGCGUUUAAGACUAUGAAUAAUGGCGUCUUAGUGCGAAAACCAGCGGUCGAGGCGCCCGAGCGAUUCAAAGAGGAGAGGAGCCGGCGGCCGCGGGCGGAGUAGGUCCGGCCCGGGCGACUCGCGAUGACGUUGUUGAUGUUGAUUGGGGGAACAUUUGUAGUGAAUU